AUGAGCGGUUCACAGGAUAGCGAUUUGCCUAGUCGGCGGCCUAUUGGUGCUCGGCCUCUACCCACGAAUAGACGCAGCCAAGGGAUGCUCAUGCGACGACAUGGCACCAAAGACUCGGACGACGCUGCUGGUCCUCCUGUACCUUUGGUCGCUGCGGAACCACCAAUUGAUGAAGACGUUCUCCAGGAACCCGCAGUGAUCGAUUCUGCAGAAACGCCGAUUAUGCCAUUACCCAUGGUCGAAUCCCCCCUCGCAUCCCCUCGCCUCCUCGCGGUUUCGCGGCCAUCAGGCGUUAAUUCACCAUCUCUCUUUGUGCUAUCACCCAAACCGGUUAUGGUAUCCUCUCCGAUGGCGAUGACGCCUGAUACACCCCUGCCAGGGCAGACGGCGUCACCCGGUAAAGCGUUUCGUGCCCUCCAACUCCAUAUCUCUCGCGCUAGGAAUGUCUCACCUGGCCCACCAUCGCCCGCUUCACAACAAUGGUCUGCACUGCGCCAAGCAGUGAGAGCUGGUCAAAUAUCACGUCUGGGUUCUCCAGCACCUUCUGAUCGAGUAUUCCCUGUUCGACGUAUCGGUUCUCCUGCUACUUCCGAACGGUCGUUCUCAUUGCCCCGACCUAAGGCCUCUGUACCGAAGUCAUCUCGAUUAGCAAGAUUUGGAUCGAUCGAUCUUCCGCAGCCAGUCCGAGGGGCAGAGAUGCAGGAGGCACGGAAAUUUGAGACGGAUGUGCGGGAUGCCUGCUGGACAAGCCAAUAUGCAAGGAAUGCGCACGCGAGACAGAGGGGCACGGCGGACAACAUUAAUGAGGCGGGUGGAUACUUUUUGACGCCGACAUUAACGACCUCAAGCAUGCAUCUGCCAUUUGUUGGAUCGAAUACGUCGAUCUCCAAUUUGAGUGUGCCAUUAACUGGAGUUGACACACCGACCCUCGGGCUGGGCGGAAGGCGGAAAGCACCUAGUCAACUACAAUCGCCUCCAAUGAGCACAGUAACCGGUGUCCACCUGCAACCUCUUUUUGAUGUCCUUUCUCGCUAUACUCAAAUUGCAUAUCAGGCACCUGGACUUUCUUGGCUUGCUCGUCUCCCUGCAGAGACAGAAGUCCUUGCAGUACUGGCUCUCCCUUUCGUUGCCGCGGAACAAAGCCAUGCUCUGGAAGAACAGAAAUUUGCAGUUGAUUGCUUUGACGUUAUAUUGCGAACAUGGCCCGCAACAGAUAUAGAGGAUAUAAUUGAUCGGUUGCUUUGGUGCUGUGAAUCAGCCAGUCGAGCCCAGGGCACUCUGCUGAACCGUCUUUUGAACAUGAUCCGAACAAUGACUGUGCCGGUCGGCCGUCCACAGCAGUGUACACUGUCUGCGUUGCGGGCAUGUUUCCGUGCUUUGUUCGCCCUUCAGAUCGCUAUUUCGCCCAACUACGAUAUUUCCAGGGUGAUUUCUAAUAUAUCUCAAGGCAAAUGGAUCAUUGUUGAUGUGGACGCCUUGAACGAAGAGCUUGGUCGGAAUCCAAGCACGGAAAUGGAUGUUCACGCGAUGAUGCCCUUGAUCGCUGCUCAAGUCGUUGCUCGCAUGGUCGAUACGGAAGAUCAUGUUCAGAGGCAAUGGUGCCUUGCGUCAUUGCAGGAUUUCUGGCCUGCCCCCUCGAGCUCCUUUUCUGACAUCCAGGCUGGUCUGCCAUUGUUCUCUUGUGCUGGCUCAGUGAAGGAUGAUGUUGUUGCGGCGCAACUCGCAACCUUGACUGUUGUGGCGCACCUAACCCCCCAUUUCUGGGUGUCCAACUCUGAAAUGGUGGCAGUGGCGUUGCUUGGUGAUGUCGGUACGGGUCUUGGUAAGGGAAAGGGAAAGGAAGGCAGUGUACUCAAAUGGGGGAGAACCCGAAGUGGGCAAUGCAUUGUCACUUUGGAGCUCAUUCAUGAAUUGAGGCGGAUCUGUGGGGACAUCCCGGGAAUUCCAGGACUAGACAGGAUCUCGUCAAGCAUAACUCGCUUUGCCGCUGAAUUGGAAAAUCAAAUCGCAAUUUUGAUUGAUGCCAAGAGAGUUCUACUAGCCAAUGUGCUAUUGUGUAUUCGUAAAGUGACCCGGUCUCUCAAAGCGUACGAAUUCGCUUUGUGUUCUGACACAAGGCAUCUGAUAUUUGAGCCCAGCGCCACAUGGCUUUCGCGUAUAUCAGCGUGGUGUUACGAAGCCCAUAUUGGGGCAAAAGCAACGAGUUCAAGAAUGUCUUCUGAUGGCGGAAACGAUGCGUCACAGGGGCAAUUAUCGUUCACUAAUGUUACAGAGGAAGUUCUGGAUGAGGUUCAAGCAACUUUCGCAAGGGUACAGGAGAUCUAUGCAGCCUGUAUUGCUUCCGCGAAAACCUCGAAGGGGAGCCGACCACUAUCUAUUGCUUCGACACUGUCCUCCCAGAUCAAUCUCCCUCCACCAAGUGGACGCCAAAAGAUAGACCAGUGGGAUGAUCUCAUGUCUCACAAGUACACCGUUUUGAAGACUAUUUCCUCGGUUCCUGCUGUCUCUUUGCUUUCAUUGUUGGUUGCAGUAAAUGGUUUGCUGCAGCAAGAAGACUAUUCCCUGUUUGGUCGUGUCGUAUGGAAUAGAUACCUUGACAACAACGAUCAUGAUCUUAUCCUUCCUGCUGCAUUCUUGUUUAUGCAGUUCGGGGAGCGACACUCGGAAGAGACUUUGACACUUAUUCGCGAGGAUCUCCUCAGUUCGGAUGAGGAAAUGCAGCAAAGAACUCUGCGGCGCCUCUCAAACCUCCUGAGCCGAAGGUCACAAAUCUUGGCACAAUUUCAUAUUACGGACAGGACCCACAGACGCCCCUUCAAAGGAAUCCGACAACCCAUCUCCUUUGUCGCCACUGACAUCGGCUCGAGCAAUUAUGUUGAGACCAUUGAAGAGGAGGAAGGGCUUGACCUGACCGCUGGAGUUGUCCGUGAAGUCAAGAAGAGAUUACUCGAAAUCGGAUGGGUCGAAGAUGAGAACGAGGAUGGCAGUGAGACAGCCGCAGAGCGCCUCGCAUUAUCGCUCGUCCCAUCAUCGCUCUUGACUCGUCUCGGUUCUUCCCCAAGUGGGCAGCCUACCGUCAACAACCAGCCAACUUCUAAUCAAGCCGGCGAUGGCCAACAGGCUCUUUUGCAACGGAAAUCAAGCGCGUCCAAUUACUAUGCUGGAGUGAAGCGACGGGUUAUUUUCGUUUCCUCUGUAUCCGCCGUUUUGCCGUACCUCGGCGCUGUCGCUGUCAAUGUGGACCCCUUAGUAGCUGGGAUGGCUCAAGAGAUUCUUUCGUCCAGCGUUCGAGACGAUGCUGCAUUGAUAGGAAGACCGAUAAUGGAAAUGCUCUCUGGAGAAGCGCUCGGCAUUAUUGAUGCUAUCCACAAUUUGCGACUUCUUUUCUUCGCGCAAUCGGCAAUGCCACCGGCUUUUGCACAUCAUAUUUUGAACCAUUUGGUCGGAUUUCUCAAGACUAUCUCUCGUGAUACGGAACGAUUAGAUUCCUAUCAUCUACUUGCCACCACCAUGCCGUUGGUCAGAAGAAUUGCAGCCUAUGUGCCCGAGAUCGCCCUUCGUGACUUGAAACGUAACAAAGUCGAAGCAAUCCUCUUACCGUCCGGGUAUCUUUGGUUUCCUGCUACUGCACCUACAGGCCCGAUGUUUCCUCGAUCGCUUUCUACUUUUCCCGAAAGCGAAGAUGGCGUCCCUCUCGAUGAACUCAAAAUGUUAGCCAUUCGCACGAUUCAGAAUCUGAUGGUGCUCCAGUUACUCGUGAAAGAGCCAAAGGACGUAUAUACGUUUGAGAAGACCGCCCAGCCUGUGCUUCCCUCAAUUUCAGCAGCGUCGACAUCGCACAAGCGGACUUUGAGUGGGUCUACUCGGGUGCCAUGGUCGCCAUGGAUCACCUUGGGCAGGUCUUAUCUCAUGGUUAUCCGUCAGUUGUUUCGGUCCCUCAGCAGCAACUUGAGCGACAGAGCCAAAUUGGCGAAUUUGCUGGAAGGCGUAAACGCGACACUGCUAGCUUUUCCGGAAGAUAUCGGCAUUGUAGCACAUAGCAUGAUUGCGUACGGGGGCGCUGUCACACGUUUCCGAAGACUGGUAGCAAACAGUAACGGAUUCGCGCUCUUUAUGCCGUCUAUAUGGAAUGCCUACAAGUCGCAGAGUGCUCACAGCAGUGUGCGCAACGCACUGCAGCAUGCGAUCAUGUUCUUCUAUACUGUUCACGGAGAGACGUUCGUCUUUCAAGCCAUCGAUUGUCUUGCAACGGUGCUUGGAGGCGAAGCAGCUGAGACGAGUAAUAGCGGAACACUGCUCUACGAUCUUUUCAAAUGCUUGGACCGAUCAAGCGCGAAAACCAACGACAUCGCGGGUCUACAGCAGUUAUUCGCGACAAUGGCUGAACCUACGUUCUCCCUGCCAGUAGACAAAGCUUAUAGCAGGCCUAAAGCACCAACACGAACCGUCAGUUCCGACACUUCAGCCUCAAAACUAUCCCUUCCACUCUCGACUAAGCGAUCAAACGAGGAUUUUCCAAUGGAGAAUCUGAUUCGGCUAUGUCUGACCAUCAUUGCCCAUGACGCUGCUUCUGCCCGAGCCCCCCGAUUUCUCCGUGUGCUUCGAGUUCUUUCAAGGAAGCUUUACCAGCACUCCACAACUGCUCGUGAUCUACUUCGGGAUGGCAUAGACGCGCUUGGCGUCAUUCUCUCGAAGAACAUCACGUCGCGUCUCGGCUUAGCAGAAGCCAACGAAGUACCUUCAGAUGCAGAAAAACCCAUACUCCCGACACCUGCCGAAUCUUCACAAUUCCUAGCGUUCCGACGAGAGUAUUUACAUCUUGUGAAGGAGUAUACGUCCGCUGGCGGUGUUCCUCCGACAUCGUCUAUCGGGAAGACUCUCGCGCUUCUGCGAACUAUUCUCAAGGAUUCCUCUCAGGCUUUUGCUGGCGAAAUCUCCGAAUUUAUCGGCAAUUACGCGGCAGCUUGCAUGAAACCGGGCCUUUUAAAUCCCAGAGAAACGAGCUUCGUGCUCAAGGAUUUCUCCCAGCUGUUUCAGAUGUAUGGAGAUACCGUCGACUGCUCUCGGGUGUUGAACAUUGUUGAGGAGAUGGUAGCUGCAUCCGUUGGCGCCUCCGAUCUCGCCUUCGUUGACCAAGUAGUGGUGGAAUGGUGCAGACCUGCACUGCUCAUCUGUGAGGCUGCAGGUAGCGAACACCGCCUGUGGGACCUACCCCUACGCCGAGCCACCGUCAGUCUCAUCUCAACAGUGAUUAUGAGUGGCAACAUAGAGAUCUUCGCUUUGCUUGAAAUCAAACAGCCAACGCCAUCUCUAUUGGGUGGUCUUAUUUUGCCUUUGGUGGUACGGAUGGAAACCAGCCGCGAACAAGUGCAAGGUAGCCGGCCUGUCCAAGGGGAUUUUCGUUGUACUCAGUGGCUCCGGAUCAUACCAUACCUUCUGCUAGCAUGCCAACUGCUCAAGUCGGCCCCUGCGACACACAAUAGGCGGAAGUUAAGGAAACCGUCUCCCACCCGCGGCGAGGAUGCGUCUCCAAGGGAUGAUGUCCGUCAAAGGUUGGCUACGGCCACUUUUGCCUUUCAGGCGCUGAAAAUCGUCUUGUUACGCGCAUCGGACGACCUGCAGCAAGCUCCCAGCCGUAUAUGGACAUUAAUAGGGACGACGUUGAGAGAGCUGCUGGAAGAUGGUGGCACUGACUUCUUAUUUCGUGAGCAGGAAGGCUCGCCGUCUCCAUCCUCUUCCAGACCUGUGACGCCUGGAGAUACGCACGUUUCCUUCGACGGGUCGUUCCUCCGUCCGGCGAAUUUCCAACAAUCACCUCAAUCUUAUUCUCCCAGACACUCGAAGACGCACGUUGGGCCCCCACGCCUGAUUGAUUUCUUACUGUGGACUACCUUGGAGCUAGUCACAUCGCACUCUACCCCACUGAUGCCACAAAUGCGAGCAUUCGUGCAGGAGAAGAUUCAGCAGACAAAUGCGCUUGCGUCGAUCCGAGAUCGCCGCAUAUCGCGAACCCCGAAGCGCGGGUCUGUCUUUGUUCGGUCAAGAGCAAGCUUGUCGCCUGAUCCUAAGGCCUCUGCACAGCCAAGGCAAUCACUGUUAAAAUGGUCACCUGAGUCCACUGCGUCUCCUUCAAGACUAACGGUCAGCGGUUACUUCUCGGUAGAAGGAAUGUCACCGAAUCCACUCCGACCUAACGGAAGUCGGAUUGUUCAUCUGGGUCCUGUUCGCAUGUUGACCGGCGGAUCCUUGACGUCCGGAGGCAUCGCUAGUCAACACCUGACUGCGAGCUCUCUUGCGAUGGCGACUCGACGAAGUAUCGAGGCCGUUCGCAUUUGUAUGGGAUAUGCCCCUCUGGAUUUACUGGCCGAAGAUGAGAGCUCCGAUACCCAGCCCUUCGUUCCAUGGACCAGAGCCUCCGCCCUGGCCCGGAUAGUAGACGAAUCAAACGCAUUCAUAGAGACGGAGUUCUAUGAAGAACUCUUUGCAUACCCGACCACAAGAGCUGGAAGCUUAUCGCACCCUUGACACUCGCCAGUAAAGAGG